AUAGCAACGCCCUUGUAAUUCGUACGGUACGGUACCGUGGGUGCUUUUACUUAAGUACCUAGCGCUGCGACGGAUUCGACCCCGCCAAAACCCACUCAGCGUAUUGCUGGUCCCGAUCGGAUUGGCUGCCCGCAACCGGUUCAGAGCUGCGGUCGCUGCGACCAUUACCAAUUGCGACACCACCUUUUCUCCAAUUUGAUACAUAACUCUUCUACAACGUCACUAGUUAAUAUACCAACAUCGCAAUCCGCAUCCGUACACUCCUCUACACUUAAUCAUAUAUUUGAUUCGAUUGUUAUUCGUACUAUCUUUUUGCGCGGCCCUUCAUCCGGCCGGCUUCCCUCACCAUGGGCGUCGUGAGCAGCAGACCUGAUGAUGGCGCUGCCAUCUACUUGAGAGACCAAAAUCGAUUUUCAAUCGCGUCCUUAAUAAUUAACUGCCCUCGAAAGCGCACUUCGACCAACAUAGUUCCCAAUGCGUUUCCCGCUUCUAGGGUCACAGCUUUACGAUCAGGAGACUCCAGUCUUGUUGAAUUUAUUCAGGACGUUGAACCUUCGACCGUACCGACUUUUCUUCUAAAACUUAACAACGAUGACGAACUCGUAUUCAACUUUACUUUUGUCGUCCGACAGGAAGAGAACAUACCUGGCGUUGACACGCAUAUUAAUGGCUUAACUUACGUAUAUGCCUCGACUAAUAAAGACCUUGACAAUCUUGUCACUCGCGAGUUUCACGCCGAUCCGAAUUUACAUAAAAAUGCGAACGUUGAAUUUAUCGGCGAUUAUUCUACAGAGGGAAGCCCAUCAGUGACGUUUGAGUGGUCGUGGAAAUGGAAACCGCCAAAGCCUACAGAAGAUGGAGGAGGAGGGUGGAGGAAUAUCUGUAGCUUCGUCGAGUACGACCACAGAGCACACCGCCUAGAUACCCUGGCCAGGUUCUCCUUCUGGGUUGCUAAUACCUCACCCAUCCCAAGCCAUCCCAAUUCCCCAUCUCCAGCUUUCCAAUUGGCAGUACCUCCGAGAAUCCGGGCGCCAUCCUCACAAUCAGUUGACUCCCGCAUUAGCGAACAAGAAGAGCCUAGCUCCCCGACGCAUACUCAGAGUGACGCGUUAUCGGUGGCGCCUACCAUUGUCCCAAGCUCGCGAGAAUCCGUCAAGCUCGAUGUAUCAUGUCCCCGACCGGGCGAAGACAUGACUGUAGGUGAUGACGGCCCAGUAUUUAGAGCUACUAUCAAGGCUCUUGAACAAAAGACUGGCAAUAUGAGAACGCAGAUGAAGAAAGUGUUGAAGAAAGCCGAACAUGCGUAUGCUGCCCAAGUUGAAGCCAACGAGGCUCUAGUGGGGUUUAUGGAUGCUCUUCGAGAAGCAUCUGCAACAAACGCCAAUGCAGUGCAGCCUGCUAUAGACCAUUAUUUCGACAAGAUUGCGAGAGAAAUCCUCUCUUACGAGAGGCAGAACGCGAUCAAUUUACAAAAGAUUAUUAUUGACCCUAUAGGCAAAUUAUAUACGUACGAUAUCAAACAAGCGGAGUCGAAAAGACGAGAUUUCGAAGAAGAAAGCAAGGAUUACUAUUCUUACGUGUCGCGGUAUCUUGGCCAACGACAAGACUCGGUAAAGACUAAGAAGCUUGCCGAAAGCGACACUAAGUAUCAGACGAAAAGGAGGAAUUUUGAGCUAAAGCGUUUCGAUUAUUCGUCAUUCAUGCAAGACCUGCAUGGUGGUCGCAAAGAGCAAGAGGUCUUGUCUCACCUAACUAAGUUUGCUGACACACAAGCAAAGAGCUUUUUAGCCACAGCUCAAAAAGUUGAAGGCUUGCUACCGCAACUAGAGGCUCUUGCUAGCGAAGUACAGGAAGCCGAUAAAGAAUUCUCAUACCAGAGACGCGAACGAGAAGAGAAAAGACGGGUCCUAGAGAAGAGUAACCUCCAAUAUAAUGAGCCGGAGACCGUAUCAUCGGCGACCAACACGACCACAAAUCUCAAUAGCAAUGGCAACCAACAUACUUCUGAUUCUGAGCUUGGCCGAGCGGAUAGCACUAGCUCACAGCUCAAACCCAUCCCUACCGGCAACUCAGGACCCAUGGCAUCAGUAGGCACGGACCUCUCAAGAUCGCCGGGUAGCCUAGGACAUGCUGCGUUACACAGCCCCAUUCAAACUUCGAAGUUCAAGGGCAUACGUGAUUUAGAGGAAAGGGACUUCAGCCAGCUAACUAUUGCUGAGAAGAACUCAACUCACCGAAAAGAAGGCCUCCUAUGGGCCUUGAAUCGACCAGGCACCCAUGUAGAUCCGUUGUCAUUGAAUAAACAAGGGUGGCACAAGUUCUGGGUUGUUCUCGACCAAGGGAAGCUGUCGGAAUACAGCAACUGGAAGCAGAAGCUUGACCUCCACAUGGACCCUAUUGACCUACGGAUGGCGUCUGUGCGCGAAGCGAGAAAUGCGGAACGAAGAUUCUGCUUUGAGGUUAUUACACCCCACUACAAAAGAGUAUACCAGGCAACCUCCGGCGAAGACAUGAAUAGCUGGAUUCUCUCCAUAAAUAACGCCCUCCAAAGCGCAGUGGAAGGUCGCGGUCUUAAAGAGAAGCCGACGUCUCCGGGGGAAUCGAAUAGCCUUAAGCGCGAUAUAGGGUCCAUCCUAACUGGAAAAAGCGUUUCCUUAAACCAUGGUUCUCAUCAUCAUGGUUCUCACGCCAAUGCUAGCUCUGCCCCUCCAUCUCGUCGUACCACCGUUGGAGCACGACCUGCUACCACACGGACGCCUAGUAGCAACUACGACGAGAAUCCAGAUAAACUCCUCCAAUCGCUUCGAGAUAAUGACCAGGGCAAUUGCUGGUGCGCCGAUUGCGGCAGCGGAUCUAAGGUUGAAUGGGUUUCAAUUAAUUUAGCCAUCAUACUCUGCAUUGAAUGCAGUGGUAUUCAUCGGUCUCUCGGGACACACAUCAGCAAAGUACGAUCGCUCACACUCGACAUUACAUCAUUCACGCCCGAUAUCAUCGAGCUUCUGCUUCUUGUCGGAAAUCGAGUCUCCAAUAUGGUUUGGGAAGCCAAACUUGACCCAAAUCUCAAACCAGGUCCACAAGCUACGCGGGAGCAACGCUUGAAAUUCAUAACAGCCAAGUAUGUUGAUAGAGCUUACGUGGAGCCAAUUUCACCUACUCUCUCACGAUAUCCAACCCCAGACGAGACACUCCUUGCUGCUAUAAAACGAAACGAAAUACAGCACGUCAUUUAUGCCCUGGCGCUAAAGGCCAACCCUAAUGUCCUUGACAAAGUUCGCGGGACUCAUCCAAUUUUCCUAGCUCUUGCAGCAGCCGACCCAGCAUCACCAUCGCCCAGCACUCCUGUUACCGGACGGCCGGAGCCGGAAACUCGGGCCGUUCCGUUUCCUAUCGCAGAAAUGUUAAUUCAGAACGGGGCCGAAAUACCAACAUCAAUGCCCGCUUUCCCAUUAAGUAGAAGUGCCCAGCUAUAUAUCGAGCAGAAGCGAGGUCGAAAUGCUGCUGUAGAGGCGUCCGGGUCUUCACUGCCGAGUAGUAACCUUAGUCCUAGCCCGAGCGAGCGGCUUCAGCGGGAUAAGGACGGACGUCUACAGAAGCGCAUUAGCGCCGGCGGACGGUUGGCAAAGUCGCCAAUUCCCGAGCGGUAGAAACGACGGAAGUCGAACGCCUCAUUAUCGUCUUCAUCUCACACACCGUCGUCUCCACGGAAGAACCGGCUCAGUCGACGGAAGUCCAAUCUCACAGGUUCUAACUCUUCUUCAUCUACUUCCGAACGGUAGAAACGGCGAUCGAAUCGCUCCUUCUUCCAGAUACCCCAUUUGGAUCUCCCAAGGGCUUUAUCACCAUUUUGCCCAGCAAUAUUCUGUCCUCCUUUGAGAAUUGAGACACCUCCU